AAGUGCAGUUUAACCCUAGUGUAUUAAAAACCGCAACUGAGUUACAAUAACAAACUUGUUAACUGUUACAUCUAUUGCGCCACAUGCUUGCCUGUGCUGUAUAUAUACGGUCAACUAAACGUAGCCAAUGUCCAUUCUACCCAGUAUCAAAAAUGGCAAACAACAGCAAAGGAGUGUUGAUGAGCCUGUUCUUGUGUCUCCUGGCUGUAUCCGGGGCUUUCGCAGCACUGCAUGCAAUAAAGCGUUCCCCCAUGUAUGAAGUCGAUGUCUUAAGUUUGAAACCGAAUGUUGUUGUUCCUCCUUGUCUGCCUUGUGUCUGCAGCAAUUGCAGAUCCAAUGAGAUCAACCAUUACCGGCAGCAUGGCAUCAAUACAAAUACCACCAUAGACAGUAGUUUAGCAGCGAAACAGAGGCAAGAUAGAAACAAGAACCAAAUGGAUAAUAAAACUCCUUAACUAUCAAA